CUGGCAUCUCUGCACCCAAGUUUUUUGAUACGUCAAACCGAUCGCACGUGUUUGACUAUGUGAUACAAAAUGGAUAUAGACGAAAACGUUGAAACGCCUCAAACACACACCAUUCAGGCGCGAUUUGUUAACGAUACCGGUGAAACAGCAGGACCUCCGUUAGAUUUACCGAUCAAUGUGACUAAACAACAGCUUGAACUCAUACUUAACUCUCUUAAGAAUGAGGAUCAAACCCCGUACCUGUUUUUUAUUAACGAUGAUGAAGUUCGGGAUACGAUAGAACAAACACUCAAUUCAAAGCAAUUGGAUGUAGAAAAUGUGUUGGAAAUUGUCUACCAACCGCAGGCAGUUUUCCGUGUGCGGCCGGUUACCCGAUGUACCAGUUCCAUGCCAGGCCAUGCAGAGGCAAUCGUUUCAUUGGCAUUUAGUCCCAACAGUUUGCAUUUAGCUAGCGGAUCGGGAGAUACUACGCUUCGUCUGUGGGACCUAACGACGGAAACGCCUCAUUUCACGUGCACGGGGCAUAAAAAUUGGGUUCUUUGCGUAGCUUGGUCACCAGAUUCCCUGAAAAUAGCUUCAGCUGACAAAGGCGGCGAAAUACGAGUGUGGUGUCCAGAAAGCGGAAAGCUGCUCGGUCGACCAUUGAUAGGCCACAAAAAAUGGGUUAACUGUCUUAGUUGGGAACCAUAUCACAAGAAUGUAGAUUGUCGAUUGUUAGCUAGCGCAGGCAAUGACAAUGAUGUGCGAAUAUGGGACACGGUGUUGGGCACUUGCACCAAGGUUAUAGCUGGUCAUUCAGCUCCAGUUACCGCUGUUCGCUGGGGUGGUGCUGGUUUGCUCUACACUUCAUCGCGAGAUCGUACUAUCAAAAUGUGGAGAGCCGAUGAUGGUGUGUUAUGCAAGACGUUCACGGGACAUGCUCACUGGGUAAACAAUCUGACUCUUAACACCGAUUAUGUUCUUAGAACUGGACCGUUCCAUCCAAUCGUGGAUAAAAAUAAACAGUACUCCGUUUCAGAUAAAAAAGAGCUCCAGCGGUUAGCUUUGGAACGCUACGAAAAUGUAUGUCCUGACUCCAUCGAAUCGUUUGUAUCGUGUUCCGAUGAUUUCACCCUUUAUCUUUGGAAGUCAAACCAAAAGCAGUUUAUAGCACGGAUGACUGGUCAUCAAAAUGUUGUAAACGAUGUCAAAUACUCGCCGGAUGUUAAACUCUUUGCUUCGGCUUCGUUUGACAAAUCCGUUCGAAUGUGGCGUGCCAGUGAUGGAGCGUUCAUUUGUACAUUUCGAGGACACGUGCAAGCAGUUUACACAGUGGCAUGGUCAGCCGAUUCUCGUCUGCUGGUAAGUGGUAGCAAAGAUUCCACGUUGAAAGUAUGGAGUGUAAAGGAGCGCAAGUUGGCUCAAGAAUUGCCCGGCCAUGCCGACGAAGUUUACGGAGUCGACUGGGCACCUGAUGGCUCGAGGGUGGCAUCUGGUGGGAAGGAUAAAGUGCUCAAAUUAUGGUCAUACUAAGCACAGUCUUGUAGCUUCCUUACGGCAAACGAAAAGAAUGUCAAUUUAUAUUACCUAAUAUAAUGAGAUCGUGAUA